AUGGGGAAAGUAAUCACGCCUACUUCAUGGUUUGAUUUAAGGAUUGAUGAAGUAUUGAUCCUCCAGAAGGUGGAGAAUGGAGACCUGAGCAACAAGAUUCUGAAGAUCACUGAUUUUGGCCUGGCUCGGGAAUGGCACCGAACCACCAAGAUGAGUGCGGCAGGCACAUAUGCUUGGAUGGCACCUGAAGUCAUUCGCGCCUCCAUGUUUUCCAAAGGCAGUGAUGUGUGGAGCUAUGGGGUGUUGCUUUGGGAGCUGCUGACCGGCGAGGUGCCCUUCCGAGGCAUUGAUGGCUUAGCGGUAGCUUAUGGAGUGGCCAUGAACAAACUCGCCCUUCCUAUUCCUUCCACUUGCCCUGAACCUUUUGCCAAACUCAUGGAAGACUGCUGGAAUCCUGACCCCCAUUCACGACCAUCUUUCACGAGUAUCCUGGACCAGCUGACUACCAUAGAGGAGUCUGGUUUCUUUGAAAUGCCCAAGGACUCCUUCCACUGCCUGCAGGAUGACUGGAAACAUGAGAUUCAGGAGAUGUUUGACCAACUCAGGGCCAAAGAAAAG